CUAGGCCAGCUCUGAGCGCUUUAACAACAUACUCUUGUUGCAAAGCACUUUUUUAACCACACACAUCAGCUUUCCAUCAACGGUUUUUUUGCGUUGCGUUCAAAUUGUAAGACCACGUUUUUUAACAAGGCUUCGAACUCUGAAAUUGCCAGCAAAACUUCUGUUUUUUAACGGAACGCGCGUAAAUUCAAUCUCACAAACAACCGCUAUUCAAUCUACAGCUUAGCAAUUUACACCAACAGCAACAAUGUCCAUCGAACAAGAAAAACCAACCUCAUCAUCCACAACAUCAACUACAUCAACAACAGAUGAGAAGGACACCAAUAUGAUGAUGAUCACGAGUACUACUAACAGUGAUGGUGGAGCAGCCUCUACAAUAGCUUCUAAUACUCCAGUCAAGGCUGAGUCAUCAUCAGCUGCUCCACAAACAAAGAAGAAGGCUUUGAUUGAAAAGCUUAGAAAGACAGUAAGCAAUACUGAAAAUAUUGUUGCUGCUGCUUCUACACCAACUUCAUCCAAGAAAGCCCCUUCCACAACCAUCUUUACUCCAACUGUGGAACCACCUUCUCUCUCUAUUAAUACCAACACUGCUACUACUGGUGUAGCUGCAACAACAAUUGGUGCCUCUUCUUCCACAUCCAACAACACCACUCCUACCCAAAAUUCUACAACCAAUACUACUCAUCCAAACACUACAUCAACUACAGAACCAAUCACUCCAACAAGAUCCAAGAGAACUCGUAGACCAAACAAACUGUUAAAUGAUGAAGAAAUUCCAAGCCUUCCAGAAAGUAUACAGAAAAAGCUCCAAAAGCUAAUGGGUAUUGUUAAGAAACACAAAUGGUCUUGGCCAUUCAAUAAUCCUGUUGAUCCUGUACAAUUGCAAAUUCCUGAUUACUUUGAUGUAAUUAAAAAUCCAAUGGAUUUGGGAACUGUUGAAAAGAAGGUUAACAAUAAUGAAUAUAUGGAUGUCUACCAAUUCUUGGACGAUGUUAGAGUUAUUUGGUCGAACUGCUACUUGUACAACCCUGUUGAUAGUGACAUUUACAAGAUGGCCAAGGAAGUGGAAAAGUAUUUCAAUGAAAAGUAUGUCAAAACUGUUGGUGAAGUUAGUUAUGAUACAACAACAACUGUUCAAGAAGAGGUUACAUCACCAUCAGCCCAAUCCAGUACCAUUACAACCCCAGCAAGCACACCAUCAACAAGUAAGAAUAAGAAAUCGAACGGAACAACAUCAUCAACUAAAGGAAGAAAGAAAAAGACAUCCGAAACUGAAACCAAUCUAGACUUAAUGAUUGAGACACCAAUUAAGGAACAAGUAACAACACCAUCAACCACCUCAAAAUCUAAAGCAUCAUCAACCAAAAAAACUACAACAAACAAGAAAACAAAACCUAAGACAAUGUCCUAUAAUCAAAAGAAGGAACUCAGUACAAAUAUUGGUUCUUUGGAAGGUGACAAAUUAGCUGAAGUGGUUCGAAUUAUUCAAAGUAAAGCACCAUCAGCUUCCAGCAAAUCUGAAACUGAAAUUGAAAUUGAUUUAGAUAAAUUGGAUGAUGCUACAUUAUUUGAAUUAGAAGCAUUCGUGGAAAAGAAUCUUCCUAAAGAGAAGAAUAAGAAAAAAACAUCUUCAAAGCCUGCACCAAAGAAGAAGAGAAAGACUUCCCCUGUAAAGGAAAAGAAAUCAAACAAGAAACCAAAAAAGGAAGAAAAAGUUAGUGACUCGGAAUCUACUGCUACAGAUAAUAGUGGAUCAGAAUCAAGUGCCACAGAAUCAGACUCUUCCGACUCUGACUCUUCAAGUGGAUCUGAUUCUGAUGAUGAUACUAUCAUGAAGACCAUGACAAAUCCUGUGCCACCAACUGUUCAAGAGAUUCCAAAAUCAAUUCCUGAAGUAGCUCAAAAACCAUUACUUCCUAACAUUCAAACAACCAACAUUAAUACUCCAAACUCUGUGAAUAAUAACACUAUUAAUACCCCAACCAAUUUAUUACCACCAACUCCUACUUCUUCUAGACCUCCUGCCAAUAUUAUCCCAACAAAGAAACAAGUUGAUACAGUAAAAGUUGAUGAAUUAAGCUGGACAAGUUUAUUGGACGAUGAUGAUAAGAAGAAACAACAAUCUUCAACAAGUUCUGGAUCUAGUAUGGACACAUCUGAUGAUCAUACCAGUUCAAAAUGGACCAUUUUCCAACAGCAACAAAAGAGACAAAACGAAUUGGAGGAAAAGAUGAAACUUAUCAGAGAACAAAAAGAAGAAGAACGUAGACAACAAUCCAUGCAUGCCUCUCACAUACAUAUGAAUGAAAGAGAAUUGGCAAAGAGACAACGAGAAGAGGAGAGACAACACAAGAUGCACGAAGAUUUGGAUCCAGAGGCCUUUGAAAAGGAGUAUUUUAAUUAAAUUUAAUUUUUUUAAU